AUGGCUGCGAUGGCGGCUGCGAUGGCGGCUGCGCUGCCGGGAGCGGGCGGGCGCUUCCGGUGGCGGAUUGGGGCUGCUGCGGCGGCGGCGGCGGCGGCGGGCGGGGUGCGGGGCGCGGCACGGAGGGCAGCAGCAGGCCGGCAGAACUAUGAUCUCCUGGUGAUUGGCGGGGGAUCUGGCGGCCUGGCCUGUGCCAAGGAAGCUGCUCAGCUGGGAAAGAAGGUGGCCGUGGUAGACUACGUGGAGCCUUCCCCCCGAGGUACCAGGUGGGGCCUCGGUGGCACGUGCGUGAAUGUUGGCUGCAUCCCUAAGAAGCUGAUGCACCAGGCAGCGCUGCUAGGGGGCAUGGUCCGAGAUGCCCCCCACUACGGCUGGGCCCUCCAGCCGGUCCCGCAUAACUGGACGACAAUGGCCGAGGCCGUGCAGAACCAUGUCAAGUCCCUGAACUGGGGGCACCGGGUCCAGCUGCAGGAUAGAAAAGUCAUGUACUUUAACAUCAAGGCCAGCUUUGUCGACGCGCACACGAUUUGCGGUGUCUCUAAAGGCGGGAAAGAGACUCUGCUUUCGGCUGAGCAUAUUGUCAUCGCUACCGGAGGGCGGCCGAGGUACCCGACCCACAUCGAAGGUGCCCUGGAAUAUGGAAUUACAAGUGAUGACCUCUUCUGGCUGAAGGAAUCCCCUGGAAAAACGUUGGUGGUCGGGGCCAGCUACGUGGCCCUGGAGUGUGCUGGCUUCCUCACCGGUCUCGGAUUGGACACGACCGUCAUGAUAAGAAGCAUCCCUCUCCGGGGCUUUGACCAGCAAAUGUCUUCCUUGGUCACGGAGUACAUGGCAUCUCAAGGCACCCGGUUCCUGAGAGGCUGUACCCCCUCCAGAGUACGGAGGCUCCCAGAUGGCCAGCUCCAGGUUACCUGGGAGGACCUCAGCUCUGGCAAGGAGGACAUGGGCACUUUCAACACCGUUCUGUGGGCCAUAGGUCGCAUUCCAGAAACCAGAAGCCUGAAUUUAGAGAAGGCUGGAGUACACACCAGCCCCACCAGUCAGAAGAUCCUGGUCGAUGCUCAGGAAACUACCUCCGUCCCCCACAUUUAUGCCAUUGGAGAUGUAGCAGAGGGGCGGCCUGAGCUGACACCCACGGCCAUAAUGGCAGGAAAGCUCCUGGCCCAGCGGCUGUGUGGUCAGUCCUCAGACGUGAUGGAUUACGACAACGUUCCCACCACCGUCUUUACCCCGCUGGAGUACGGCUGUGUGGGGCUCUCGGAGGAGGAGGCUGUGGCUCGCCACGGGGAGGAGCACGUGGAGGUUUAUCACGCAUAUUAUAAACCCUUGGAGUUCACAGUGGCUGAGCGGGAUGCGUCCCAGUGUUACAUAAAGAUGGUGUGCUUGCAGAAGCCCCCACAGCUGGUACUGGGCCUGCACUUCCUUGGCCCCAACGCAGGCGAAGUUACUCAAGGAUUUGCUCUGGGGAUCAAGUAAGUGGGGAGGGAUGUUAGCGUUGUGCACUGUUUCGAUGCCUGUGGCUCUGAAAGUUGGUGGCGCUGCAGUGGGAAGUCUGCGGCUGUGAUGUUGCUCUUGGGUACCAUCAUCCGCCUGCUUGGCAGACCAUCUCCUCAGACACGGCAGCUCCCGUCACAAGAGAGGCAGCUUUCUUCUCCAGCCAGCUCUUAAGCCAGCCAUACUGUGUCAGUCUGUGUCCAGGCCACCUGGGGAGCCAGGGUAGAGGCCUGAGUCCCUGGCCAUUGAGGGUGGAUCCCAGUUUGGGUCUUCUCUACUUAGAAUGAACAGGGCUGGGGCCCUCCUUCACGUGGCCCAGCACGCAGACAGUCACGAGCAAGGUCUGCUCGCUGCCCCGGGGCCGGCAUGUGCUGUGCUUUGUGGGGUCCCGGGUCUCCAGGCUUGCCUGGCACUUUUGCUGCUGGAGGCUCUGGGUGGGGGUGGGUUGCGGGUCAGAGGGGUGUGGGGCUGUCAGAGGCAGGAGGGUGGAAGGCAAAGUGGAGCUGAGGGAACAGAGAAGGGCUGCAUGGGCCACCCCACCAUGUACUUGGGGCUUGGGGCCAUGACCAAGAUCUAGCCUCAGAGUCUGGUGGAGGUCUUAGGACAGGGUGGGAGGUCGAGGGGCAGGCCCCCUACCAGGAAGACUGAUGGGGGCUAUGAGGGACUAGUCCAGACACCCCAGGGGCACCCCUGGCUUCCUGGCAGGUAACAGUAAUAAUUUUAGGACAGAGCCAAUAGAGAAUGUGAAUGGGCCAUUCACAGGUAAAGAAAGUUAAAAUAAAUAGUAGAAAGAUGCUGUGCAUUGUUUGGAAUUUUUAAUGUAAUUAAAACACUAAGAAACCAUUUUGGUCAAUGAGGGUUGAAAGGUUUGAUAACGUCCAGUCUGGUGGUGAUCAUUUCCAGCACCUGCACUGUGGAGACACUGAAGGUUUGAGCAAAUCAGGGGAGUGAGGGGACCCAUGUUCAGAGAUAGUCAGGAGGAGGGUGUGAACCGGACGCCCCCUAUGGGGGCCUUCUGCCCACAGUUUGAAACACACAUGCUUGUUCGAGUUGGAACUCACGCACUAGCUAUUGUAACGUGUGUAUAGAUGGGAGGAGGGCUGUUUGUGGCGGCCCCUUCUGCUGACGGUAGCAGCGCCCUGCGGGGAGUCCUCACUUACUGUGCCUCCGAGGAGGGGCCCGGUGCCCCAUGGGUGGUCGCCGCUGCAGGGGGAGGGGAUGUGUGUGUGACAAGAGCUGGGUGCUGAGCAGAAGAGCACCGUGAGCAGGACCAGGCCAGGUCGGCGCAGGGCUUAUCAAAGUGGGCUCGACCUAGCUUGCUGGGGCAGGUGGGGAGGGGGAGCAGGCCCACAGAAGGAGUAGCUGGAGCCAUGGACCGAGGUAGGUCUGCUCCUGGUGGGCUGGGAGCAGUAGGAAGCCAGGAUGGAGCAGGCAAGGGGGCCCCGGGGGAGGUGGGAGGUGGGCCUAAGGUGGGGCUGCUUGGCAUUUGCUGGGAGACACAUGGGAGACAGGUCCAGCAGAGGUGUGCAUGGGUGUUCCUGGCUGCUGGCUGGAGAAGAGGGUAGUGGCCAGGCCUGGGGAGCAACAAGGAGACUGGGACUUCCAGGGCCCUCCCCAUGUGCCAUCUUCUGAGGGACGGGAUGAUGUGGACGUGCCACCCCGUGUGGACUCAUCUCCUGAAC